CCCACCUGACCCCGACACCUGGCCAGCCCGGGCUAGCGUCGGUCUCGACCCGCAAGUCCCUGCAAGAUUCCUGCGGCCCCAGCACCAGCCUUGACCCUGUGGGCCCCUACUAGGCCUCCUAAGUUGGUCCGAUGGCGGGCUUGGCCUUGAGGGUAUCUGGUGCUUCUGGGAGGUUUUCCGCGAAGUGAUCCUGCGACCCAGGCCGGUUUGGGCCUGGUGAAAGGGAAGGCCGGGCCGUCUUGAGUUGACUUGAUUCUUGCUUGGCCCACAGCUUUCUUAGGAUCCUCGGGCCCAGACUUACCUCCUUUAUCAUUGGCAGCGACCCGUGACCACUUAAAAGGAAGAUGCAACAUUUUUACGAAAUCACAACUUCCUGGUGAUGUUCAACCGUGGGAUUAGGAAACCAUUUUCUGAAUAUAAAGACUUCACAAAUCCUUCUAAAGACCGAAACUUUUCCCCCUAAACAAACAGAAACCAAGCAUGUAUACAGUAGGUUGUUUUGCCCAAAGGACAAUAUGUUUUUGUUUUUCAUAAAAAGGUCCUUCUUAUUUUUGUUUAAACAAUUAGAGUUGUACAAUACAAAGUGAAAGUUACUUAAUAACCGUUUCCUGGACGUAAUCGUAAUGAAUGGCUGGCUGUUAGAGAUCUGAACUUUUAAAUGAGAGACGGAUAUAUAAAACAACAACUCACGUUCCACUGGAGUUAGGACAAAUCAUGGAUUCAGAAACCUUUGAGAAAUCCCGACUGUAUCAGCUGGAUAAAAGUACUUUCAGCUUCUGGUCAGGACUCUAUUCAGAGAUUGAAGGCACUCUUAUUCUUCUUUUUGGAGGAAUUCCUUAUCUCUGGAGACUUUCUGGACGGUUCUGUGGCUAUGCUGGCUUUGGACCAGAAUAUGAGAUCACUCAGUCCUUGGUGUUUCUCCUGUUGGCUACACUUUUCAGUGCAUUGACUGGUUUGCCGUGGAGUCUUUAUAAUACUUUUGUGAUCGAAGAAAAACAUGGUUUCAAUCAACAGACCUUGGGCUUCUUCAUGAAAGAUGCAGUCAAGAAAUUUAUUGUGACUCAGUGCAUUUUAUUGCCUGUGUCUUCACUUCUACUUUAUAUUAUUAAAAUUGGGGGUGACUAUUUUUUUAUAUAUGCCUGGCUGUUCACAUUAGUUGUUUCUCUGGUGCUUGUCACAAUCUAUGCUGAUUAUAUUGCCCCUUUAUUUGACAAAUUCACGCCUCUGCCUGAGGGAAAGCUUAAACAAGAAAUUGAAGUAAUGGCAAAGAGUAUUGACUUUCCUUUGACUAAGGUGUAUGUUGUUGAAGGAUCUAAACGCUCUUCCCACAGCAAUGCUUAUUUUUAUGGCUUCUUCAAGAACAAGCGCAUAGUUUUGUUUGACACUCUACUAGAAGAGUAUUCUGUACUAAACAAAGCCAUCCUGGAAGAAUCUGGCAUGGAAGCCCGCAAAGAUGGAGAAGGAGACAGUGAAGAAGUGAAACCUAACGUUAAAAAUAAGAAACAAGGAUGUAAAAAUGAGGAAGUGCUUGCUGUACUAGGCCACGAACUGGGGCACUGGAAGUUGGGACACACAGUCAAAAAUAUCAUUAUCAGCCAGAUGAAUUCCUUCCUGUGUUUCUUCUUGUUUGCUGUAUUAAUUGGUCGAAAGGAGCUUUUUUCUGCAUUUGGUUUCUACAACAGCCAACCGACUCUAAUUGGAUUAUUGAUCAUCUUCCAGUUUAUUUUUUCACCUUACAAUGAGGUUCUCUCCUUCUGCCUAACAGUCCUAAGCCGCAGGUUUGAGUUUCAAGCCGAUGCAUUUGCCAAGAAACUUGGGAAAGCUAAAGACUUAUAUUCUGCUUUAAUCAAACUAAACAAGGAUAACUUGGGAUUCCCUGUCUCGGACUGGCUGUUUUCAAUGUGGCAUUAUUCUCACCCUCCACUCCUGGAGAGGCUUCAAGCUUUGGAAAAUUCAAAACAAGACUGAGGUGCCCAAGGGCCGCGACUCGAAGACAUUUCCGAUUAUUUCUGUCCUGGCAGCAUGUUCCAGCUCUUGAUGUUUUUAAACCUUUUUUUUUUUUAAAGAAAAAAUAUUAAGUACAGAAAAACAUUUAAUA